UGCAUUUCCUAUAAUUUUACAAACCGAUAAAAGUUUAAAAUGUCUAAAUCGGGUACCAAAAUGCGAUUAAGCGAAGCGAAAACUUUAGAAUUAAUCGAUUUGUACCGAAGAGAGGAGUGUCUCUGGAACUCACGAUUACCCGUCUAUAGAUACAAGACGAAAAGGAACGAAGCUAUCGAACGAAUAGUCAAAGAAUUGAAUGUGAGGAAGCUGGAAGCGCACCACGUUACGACAAAAAUAAAGAAUCUACGUAACUCGUAUUGCGCGGAACUGAAAAAGAUGUCCGGUGGUAGAAGGAGGGAUUCCUUCAAGCCUAAAGUCUGGUUCGCGAAGAUGGAUUCGUUUCUGCGGGCGCACGUGCCGUGUCCGACGCCAGACGCGACUGUAAUGCCAUCCUUGCCCAACGUUAAAAUCGAAAUUGUCAGUGAUUCAGAAGAGAGCGAAUCAAACGUCACCGAGAACAACAAAGAAGACUUACAGAGCUUGAUAAGAACUAUAGAGAAACUUUCUGAGCAGCUAAAGACGAGAACGACCCGAAAGCAAGAUGUUUUCGACGAUUUCGGGACUUAUGUAGCUUCCGUUCUCAGGAGUCUACCGAGUGAGAGAGCAAUGGCGCUCCAGCCGAAGAUCAUAAGCUUGAUUAACUCUUCAGAUGAUAUUAAAUAUGAGUACAAUUAGGUUUGGACACCUUAUGAUUGAUGUUAUGUUUGUCUCGGAUAAUCUAUUCGAGACUGUUUGACGCAUUUAGUUGUUGUUUGUAAACUGUUGUUGUAAAGUAAGUUGUUGUAAACUGGACAGUGUCGUUUUUCGAGAUUUAGGUGCCAAUGAUUUUAAUAUAAACCUAUUUAAGUAGAAAUGCAAUAUUUUGGGUGCUAUUUUUUCGUGGUGGAAAAUGUCAGGACCAUCGUCCCGCACGUUGAAGUGAGGUGAUAUUAUGUGCCACUUUAAAAUCCGGGAAGCUCGGAUUAGCGUCAAAAUGUUACUCUUAUCCAAGAUACGUCAUCUUCUUAUAUCCUCUUCCGUCCGUCCUCUCCUGAGAGAUCAAAUCACUUGAGUUCACAUUUCAACUUUUUGUGAUAUUGAGAGUUAAAGGAAGGAAAAUAUUUAACUAAAUACGUUCUCAAAUGAUGAACCGAAACCGAAUUUAGAGGAU